AUGAAUUGGUCAGUAAGACCCGACAAGAGGUUUCGCCUGGCCCUGGGAAGUUUUGUUGAAGAAUAUAACAAUAAGGUACAAAUUAUAUCUUUGGAUGAAGAGACAAGUGAAUUUAGUGCGAAGAGCACUUUUGACCAUCCAUACCCAACAACUAAAAUUAUGUGGAUACCUGACAGUAAGGGGGUGUAUCCCGAUUUGUUAGCCACUAGUGGUGACUAUCUGCGCAUCUGGCGCGCUGGCGAACCUUACACACUCUUCGAGUGUGUGCUUAACAACAACAAGAACUCAGACUUCUGCGCACCGCUCACUUCUUUCGACUGGAACGAGGUGGAUCCCAACCUGAUUGGGACGAGCAGCAUUGACACCACAUGCACCAUAUGGGGCCUGGAGACGGGCCAGGUCCUUGGUCGAGUGAAUGACGUGUCUGGGCAUGUGAAGACUCAGCUAAUUGCCCAUGACAAGGAGGUGUACGACAUCGCGUUCAGCCGCGCCGGUGGUGGCCGCGACAUGUUCGCGUCAGUGGGCGCCGACGGCUCCGUGCGCAUGUUCGACCUUCGCCACCUAGAGCACUCCACCAUCAUCUACGAGGACCCGCAGCACACGCCGCUGCUGCGGCUGGCGUGGAACAAGCAGGACCCCAACUACCUGGCCACGGUGGCCAUGGACGCGUGCGAGGUGAUCAUCCUGGACGUGAGGGUGCCCUGCACGCCCGUGGCGCGCCUCAACAACCACCGCGCCUGCGUCAACGGCAUCGCCUGGGCGCCGCACAGUUCCUGCCACAUCUGCACGGCGGGCGACGACCACCAGGCGCUGAUCUGGGACAUACAGCAGAUGCCGCGCGCCAUCGAGGACCCCAUCCUGGCCUACACGGCCGCCGAGGGCGAAGUCAACCAGAUCCAGUGGGGCGCCACCCAGCCCGACUGGAUCGCCAUCUGCUACAACCGCCACACGGAAAUCCUGCGCGUC